AUGGAAGAUCGAAAGAUUAGCAUUGCUGUGAUUGGAGGUGGUACUGCUACCAAUGAUCUAGUUUCGACAUUUAAAGCUUUAUCUCCUAGUAUCAAUUAUGUAUUGCCAAUUCUGGACAACGGAGGGUCCACAUCAGAACUUAUAAGAGUGAUUGGGGGUCCUGCGAUUGGAGAUUUACGGUCACGACUAACAAGACUUAUACCAGAGAGCCAGGAGCCCUUAAGAAGACUAUUAAGUUUUAGAUUAUCCUCGGAUUCUGAGACAGCAAAGGCAGAAUGGAACGAAAUUGUUGAAGGAUCACACUACUUAUGGAUAGAUAUAAUGUCGUCUACCAGGGAAAUUAUAAGGGCAUUUUUUGUUCACGUUCAUGUGGAAUUGUUGAAAAGAUCUAAGCAUCACUUCUCGACUAGAUCAAAAACUCAAUUUCGUUACGAACUUGCUAGCGUUGGUAAUCUUUUUUUGACAGGCGUUAGAUUGUUCAUAGGCUCCUUAGAUUCAGCAAUUGAACUUUUCGCAAGAUUAACUGAAAUAGACGUUAAUACCUUGGUUCUUCCCUGCAUUAAUACCAACUUUUCUUACCAUAUUAGUGCAUUAUUGGAGAAUGGAUUCAUAAUAACAGGUCAAUCCCAGAUUUCCCAUCCUUCCGAGAGCGGCCCAGCAGUUGAUGUUUAUCCACCUCCAAUAAGUACUACAAGGCCUCCCACACCUACGGAAAGUGACUCUCCAGGAGAUUAUUGGAGUACACAACCGAAAAGUAAUCAAACAUUGAAUGUUCCAAUAAACGAGGUGGCAACAACUAACCUCAUGCAAAGACCAAGUGAUAGCGUUGAAUUUGACGAUUCAGAUGAAGAAUCUGGCAGCGUUCCACAAUACACACAUCCCGAGUUGAAGAAAUCUCAGCUACAUUUUUGCAAAACGGAUAAUGUUCGGCCACUUUUGUCUCCUAUCAAAAGAAUCUUUUAUAUUUCACCAUACGGGCAAGAAAUUUGUCCUGUUGCCUACAACAGAGUAACUAAUACUCUUGCUACUGCUGACGCAAUAGUAUAUUCUAUAGGUUCAUUGAUGACGAGUAUUGUACCUGUAGUGAUAUUGCGCGGCGUAGGAAAAGCUAUUGCGAGUGACUUAACUGACAACCAAAAGAAGAAGAAACGUAUCUUGUUACUUAAUGGGUGCUUGGAUAGGGAAACUUUUGGGAUGACAGCAGCCGAUUUUGUCAAGGUCAUAGUUGAUCUGGCUCUUUAUUCAAUUUUGGAAUCAAAACCUAGAUCAAGUUUAGAAAUCGAGGAGUCCAAUCUCGGUAAAGAUUGGACUAAUUUUAUUACUCAUUUGGUGUAUAUGAAAGACCCUAAGAUAAAGGUUGAUAGGAAAAUUAUAGAAGAGAAGAAAGUUUCUUGUAUUGAAGUUGAUAGAGUAACCGGGGAGGAUUCUUUCGAGUUGAAAGACCUUGAAAAGAAACUCAGCUCAAUUAUUCAUGGGCAUUGA